AUGUAUUCGAGGAAGCAUUCCAUUGUGAAUAAUGUCCACGUAGAACUCAACGAAUUCAAUCAAAUGCUUAGCACGGGCUUCCAGGAUUGCUCGCGCGCUUGCCCACUCGGCAGCUUUUCGGCGAACCUGUUGCUUCCCUGCCUUUCAGUGUUCCGCGUGUGUGGCGUGGCGCGCGAGUGUGAUGCACGGCGGGCGGAGCGCUGGUCGCCGGCGCCGCGAGUAGCCGCGACCAUGCGGGGCCGAGCCGCACUCGCCGCCGCCCUCAUCAUCCUCUGCUCGCUACUUAGCACGACAUACGCGUCCACCGCUGUCAUCAAAGGGCAGCGUGCGCCGUGCUCCAACGAAGGCGAACCCGUUAAGUUGCAGGACGCGAGGCUUGAACAGAAUUGGAGCAGCUGCUUUCGCUGUAUUUGUAAGAACGGCUUCGUGGAGUGUCGGAGUGGCUCAGAGGAGUGCGGGCAGAUGGACGACUGUGCUGUACAGCUGCCGCGAGAGGGAUGCUGCGCCAAGUGCAAGGGAUGCUGGUACAACGGCACAGAGCACGCCUCGCACACUGAGUGGAAUGAAGACAACAGGAUCCUGCGCUGCGAGGCAGGAGUCGUCACCAUCACCAAACCAGAAUGCUACGUACCCUGCGACAGACCUAAACAUCAAAGACAUACGCAUUACAACUGCCCUGUUUGUGACGAAUGCGUUAUAAAUGGUCAACGAGUUGGAGAGGGCCGCGACGUGCGUAUUCCGGAGGAGCCAUGUUUGUCGUGCAGAUGCGUGCGAGGGUCGCUGUCGUGCGCCAAGCGCGCCUGUCCCGUGCUGCCGUGCACGCGCGCGCAGCAGUACACACCGCCCGGGGAGUGCUGUCCUCGGUGCACGCAUCCUACCUCCGAUAAAAUACUACCAAUUUCAGGCACCAUGCUGAUGAAGCCUUGUAUAAUUGGGAAGGAAUACCACGCGCACUCGAAGCCGUUCCGUGUGGAUCCGUGCACAGACUGCACAUGUUUGAACGGCACGGCAGUGUGCACGAGGCACACGUGCCCUGUGCUGACGUGCGGUGCCCGAGCACUGCCGCCUGCACCGGGCAAAUGUUGCCCAGAAUGCCCGCAAGUAGAAGAAGCUAAAGCCGCUUGUGUUAUUGGCAGGAAAACUUAUCAGGAUGGAGAGACAUGGCAACUAGAUGCUUGCAAGUCGUGUGAAUGUCAUGGAGGUGAACCAAGAUGCGCCAUGGAGCGAUGUCCGGCGCUGACCUGUCCACCAGACCAAACUCUCCGACAACUACCUGGACAGUGCUGCCAAAAGUGCGUCGAUAUCGACGGCAUAUGUACUGUGUUCGGGGAUCCUCAUUACAAAACUUUCGACGGAAAAUUCUACAGUUUCCAAGGCUCUUGCAAGUAUCAAUUGGCCUCAGAUUGUGUUAAUGGUACGUUCUCGAUCAGAAUAUCGAAUGAUGCGAGGAAUACAUCUCACUCAUCUUGGACUCGAACGGCAACGCUUCGGAUAGGUGCCACCAAGAUCAACAUGGGCAAGAAGAUGCGAAUAAAAGUAAAUGGACAUAGAGUGGUACUGCCGCAUAAAAUAAACGGAGUAGCAGAAAUAACCCGUAGUAAUGGAUCUGUUUUACUUAAGGCUGAUAUUGGUAUACAGAUGCUGUGGGACGGUGAUGGUUUUCUCGAAGUGACUGUGUCUAGUGUGUAUAAAGGAAAGCUGUGUGGUCUCUGUGGCAAUUUCAAUUCGAAGGCUAGAGACGAUAUGAAGACUCGUGAUGGUAGGCUACUCAGUGAUACUUGGAGGUUCGGAUCUUCAUGGAGAGUAGGAGGGACUCGGGCGUGUACGCGACGACAGAGGCGUCCGAGCCCCAACAUGUAUCGUCAGUCGAAAAUAUUGAAAGCUCGACGUUUGUGCCGGGGGUUCCACAUAUACGAAGCGUUCACAGAUUGCACUACUAAGGUAAACCCUCAUAACUAUCAAGAAGCUUGCGAGGUGGAUGCUCGUAGUUGUUCUGGGACGCGUUGCCACUGCGCAGCCUACCGCGCGUACGCACGCGAGUGCUCACGUGUGGGUGCCGAGCCGCGCGAGUGGGCCCGCGUGGCGUGGUGCGAGGGCCCGCCGCCUCCGUGGCUGAACCGGCGCGGCCGCAAGGGCACGGGCCGCACUCCCGCGCGGAAAGACUCCAGCCUGUUGGACCCUAGUGUCGUGCCCAAGCCCAACAACAGCCGCUCCCGGCCGCCACCUCCAAUACUACACUAAUGUAUUUGUGGCGAUGCUUCUACUAGUCAAAAGCCAGUGUGGCGACGUGAGAGUAUUAUGAAUAUUUCGCAACUGGACUGUACGUGGGUUGUGUCUGAAAGAUACAACGAGCUUUAAAAGGAAUGAAGAUCUAUCUACUUAAACAGUAUUCAUAAAACUAUAUCUAGUUAGGUAAACAAGAAUAUUAUUACUAAGACCACCUGUAUAGCUCACUAUUGCCUCGCCAGUUCCGACCAGCAUCCUGUAGCUCAUUCCAUGCGAGUGUGAAACAUUGAGUCGUGUGUCAUGUAGCGUGCUGCAGCAACAAUAGUCGGCGGGUAUCGCUCGAUAUAUUCGAAAUGUAGAGCAUUCUGUUCGUUUGCUGGUUGUUAAUUUGUGAUAGGCAAACACUAUGUUUUCAUUUAUGAAAAUAAAUUUAGUAAUUUAUUGCAUUGUAGUACUAAACGUUUCUGUAAAAUGUGAUAAUUAGCUUUGAAUAUUCAGGCAAGAGGGGAACGUUUAGUAAACAUAGUUCAAAUUGAGAUCUCAUCUGUAGGUAGUUCUUUACGAAAUCUUAGAUAAAUCUAGCUAUCCGAAGCCAAGAUGCUAAAGAGAUUGUGAGAGAUAUGUAUAGAUGUACAUACAAACACAUUAUGCAUAAAUACUGUAACACUAAGGAUAAAUAGCUGUAAUGUUUUAAUCGAAGACUCUUUGUAAAGCUUAGUUGUUAAAUACGUUACCAAUGAAUUUUAAUAUUUGACUUUGAUGUAUGUAAUAAUUAUUUAGCUGAAGAAAUGUUAAUUGUGUCAUCACGGUCCGGGUGUCGGGCGCGUGACAUCGAAUUAUAUUGUCUUUGUGAAUGUGCUGAGUGCCAUCGGAAGGCGGCUAAAAUCUACUAAAUUGUGAUAAUAAUAUCUAUCAAUGCCUCAUUGUUCUACGAUUAUAGCUUACUUAUACAUGUUUACUUAUAUUAUUGUAUGUGAAUGUCCCUCAGAUUAUGCGCCUAAUUGUAAUACUAUAGUGUUUAAAUGUAUUCCAGAAUAUUAUAAUAUGUAUAUUGUAUAUAAGAGCUUCGUUGUUCGUCUUCAGAGCACAUCUUUGUCCAGUCCCUGCUAUCGAGACUUGGUAUCGAGCCAAAAAGAUACAUUCUACUGUCCAAUGUGUCUUUAUUUAUUUAGUAGAAAUGAACCGAUUGUAAAAAGCCGCUAAACUCUCUUUUUAUUCAAUCUGAUUUUAUUUCAGCAAGACUACAAGUAACUACGUACUACUUAUUUCGUAUUAUUAAGCAGGGUCUACGUUUUAUGUAGGCUUUUAAGUUAUUUAAGAGAUUUAUUUGAUAUAAUUAAUUUUGUAAGUUUUAUGUUCAGCAAAUGUGUCCAAUACUUUAUUUAUCGUACCUACCAUGAGAAUAAUUUGAGUGAAUCUGUUAUUUGAUUUGAUUCUUUUUAUAAUUGAACACUGUAAAUGAGUUGCUGCAUUUAAUUUAAAUAUUAUUUUUUUACAUUAUGUGGUUUUAUGGUAGGUAUACAAACGCCAUACGAAAUUGAUGUCUAUGUCAAAGAAUGUGAGAAUGUGCUAUUUAUAAAUGUGUCAUAAAUUCGUGAAUAAUCCUCGUAAUGUGCGUAUAUUUUAUACAUUAGGUACUGACCCAAGGUAAAGUAAUAUUUUGAAUGUUAUUUACUUAUUGGCGAUCCUGAUUAUAAUGAAAACGAUGAACAAAGAAUUACGUAAUAAAUUAUAAUUAUUAUUGAAA